AAACCGAUAGAUUCAAGUCCGGUGGGCUAUUUUUCGUAUUACGGCAAGAAGCUCGAUCCGGAGCCGGGGCGGUGCAGGCGGACCGACGGAAAGAAGUGGCGGUGCUCUAAGGAUGCGCACCCCGACUCCAAGUAUUGCGAGCGGCACAUGCACCGCAGUCGCAACCGUUCAAGAAAGCAUGUGGAAUCCAAAAGCGGCGUCUCCCCGCAGCAGUCUCAGUCACAUUUGUCAUCUUCUUCGACUUCAGCUUCUCACGUGGCUUUAGGGAGCAGCGGAAACUUCGAAAACAUUGCAAUGCAAUCUGCCAUGGCUGCUGCAGGCGCUUCUAAUUCUCAACAUUAUGGAAUGAAUGGCAAAGACUACAG